AUGGUGUCCCGACUGGCUUCAAAAACGACAUACCACCGUCGGGAUGCAUGGCGCAGUCAGGCAAAGCUGGUACGGACGAGUCAUUGCAAGUCUGCCAGGAGAACUGGCAGUGCCGAAGACGAUCCAGUCCUUCUGGAUCGACUGGUCCAACAGGAGGUUGACAAGGGCUGGUUGCACAAAGUUGAGUCGCUUGAUGAGGCGAAGCGGCUUUUUCCACAGGUCGCUGUGGGCAAGAUGAACAUCGUCCAUUCUGAAGGCAGGGACCCUCGACUGGUGGUAGAUUCUUCCAUUUGUGGUACGAACGCCGCCUGCUCAAUCCCAGAACGAAGUGCAUUGCCAACCUUACAGUCCAUUCUGUCCGCUUGGCCACUACGGGGCCUGAGGCAGCAAAUUGCUGCAUGGUCACUGGAUGUAAAAGCCGCGCACAAAUCCAUUCGAGUUCGCCGAUCUGAACAAGGCCUGCUUGGAGUGCGUGUGGGCAAUACAUUCUUCUUCUAUUCUGUUUGCCCCUUUGGGGCGGCCUUUUCGGCGUAUUGGUUUGCGCGACUGGGUGCAUUCUUGGUUCGUACUUUGCACCUCCUGAUUUACAUCGCGCAUUUCCAAGCCCUAUACGUGGACGACCUUUUGGGUUUUCAGGUGGCCUCAGUGGCUGAGAUGUCUUUCUGCAAAAGUGCGUGUAAGCUUGUGUACUGGGAUAGACCUGCAACUCUUCGUAAGCUGAGAGCUACUGUCAUCGAGUGGUACAUCGAGCUUCAAGUGGGUAAAGAGAAGACACCCACGUUGAGUCAGUUGAGCUUUGAGAGACGGCAGCUGCAGAAGAGGAAGAGUGUCACUGACCAGCUUGAGCAGAUCGAGUCAGCAGCGAAGAUCAUUGCAUACGGUUGCAAAGUCCUGAGUGCUGAAGAUAGUCUACUUGAGCCCUUCUUGUCUGCUGUGUUUGUGAUCCUACGCGACUCACCCUACCAACCUGUUGGUGAGACCCGGUUCAAUCGUCAAGGUCAGACCGUAGCAGAAGCAGGCGCACCGACCGGAGCAGGUCCAGAUGUUCAGAUGCACCAGAUUGGAGCGAGUGAUGGUGUGCAGCAAGGACAGCCCCAAGUAGUUCUCGCAGAUCCGAGUCAGGUCGCUGCAUUGAUCCAAACGGCCAGCCAGGCAGCGCAUAGUGCAGCACAGGCGGUGCAGCAAAUGUCAUCCGCCACACAGCGUGCCGCGAGUGACAGACAGUUUGCAGGCUACAGUGAUGCAUCAAAGGUGUUGCGUUAUCCUGAAGGUUUUGGGGGAAAUGAUUCACAUGAGAGUGACGUUGCAAAAUGGCAAGAGUUCGCUCAUUCCUUCAAAUCAUGGCUUAUCUAUGCAGAACCUGAAUACGGUGAGGAGCUAGCCACCAUAGAGACCAGUCCGCAUGUGGUGGUGACCAUCGCUGACAUGGUUGAGUCAACCAAGCCCCGUGCCCGACGCCUUUACGCGAUCCUUUCAGGGUUGCUCAAGGGUCGCCCGCUUGUCAUAUUAAGAUCCAUACCUGAGCAGAACGGCUUCGAGCUGUGGAGGCAGCUGCAGUCAGUAUACGCCCCACGCACACGUGCACGCAGCCUGGCACUCCUUAGUGCCUACAUGUCAUAUCCAGCCUUCACCAAAGACAAAAGCUUCCGAGAGCAGGUCAAUGCUCUAGAAAGGGUGUCGGAUGAGUACCGUAAGGUAUCUGGAUCAGCAAUAGGUGCUGACGUGCAGAUGGGUGUGCUUGUGCGUGUGUUGCCCAAUCACCUGCGUCAACACAUACAGCUGCAAAUGACUGAAUCUUCAUCAUAUGACACCAUACGUGAGGCCGUGAUGAAUUACGAGUCCGUGACCACCACCUGGUCGAACAGCAGGGUUCACCUUGAGCUGGGAACCAGCAAUGCAGCUGAUCCGAAUGGUCCAGCGCCAAUGGACAUAAGUCGGGUUAAUGAAGAGACUAAGGGUGGCAAACGUGGUAAGAUGGUAAGCGCGGCAAGUAUGGAGAUGGUAAAAAUGGCAAAAAGGGCAGAGGCAGCAAAGGUGGCAGGGGUCAAUGGGGUGCAGGCAAACGAGGAGGCAAGGACCACCAAAAGGGUCAAGGAGGGCCUAAGGGAGUUAAGAAGGGUAAGAAAAGUGGGGGUAAGCAGGGUGCAUCAGGUGGACCAGGCCAAGGCAAAGGUCGUGACGCAUGCCUGCACUGUGGUCAAUCCGGCCACUGGAAGCGUGAUUGCCCCCAGCUAA